AUUGACUCCGGACUGUUAUCGCAAGCCAUUGAAGGUCUCGUCUCUUUACCCAGCCUGCCAAUAUUUCCAAAACAACGACAGAUAAUUCACGUUUUAGUUUAUCCAGAUCCGAAGGAUUAUGAACUCCCCACGAGCGGCAAUGCGCAUUCUGCGACGGGUUGGCGCGCCCGCGACACGCCGAUGCUUCUCCCAGUUCACCGGCUCCGGUUCGGGGGCACCUUUGAGGCCCAUGGGCAACAUCCCCAUGCCGUACAUUACAGAGGUCACAGCUGGAGGAUGGCGAACAUCCGACAUCUUCUCGAAACUACUACAAGAACGCAUAGUAUGCCUUAAUGGCGCGAUCGACGACACCACCUCAGCCGCGAUAGUUGCCCAGCUCCUCUGGCUCGAAUCCGAUAACCCUGACAAGCCCAUCACCAUGUACAUCAACUCUCCUGGCGGCGAAGUGAGCUCCGGUCUAGCCAUCUACGAUACCAUGACCUACAUCAAGUCGCCAGUCUCAACCGUCUGCGUUGGCGCCGCCGCCUCCAUGGCCGCCGUCCUCCUCAUCGGCGGCGAGCCCGGGAAGCGGUACGUGCUGCCUCACAGCACGGUCAUGGUGCACCAACCGCUUGGCGGCACACGCGGCCAGGCAUCCGAUAUCCUCAUCUACGCGAACCAGAUCCAGAGGAUAAGAGAGCAGAUCAACAAGAUUGUGCAGUCGCACGUCAACAAGGCGUUUGGCUACGAGAAAUACGACCUCGCGGCCAUCAGCGAUAUGAUGGAGAGAGACAAGUACCUGACGGCGGAGGAGGCGGUGGAAUUGGGCGUUGUGGACCAAAUUCUCGACAGGAGGGUGAAGGAUGAGGCGGAGAAGAAGGCGAGGGAUGGUGAGACGCCGGCGCCUCAGCCGUGAGCGCGAGUUCCCUAUCGCGAUACGUAUUCAUGGCGGACGCUACAUAUGUGAUGCGCCUUGCCUAUCAGAGCAGUACUGAACAAGAUUGGCAACGGCCCGGAUGUCAUAUCAGUGUCUACGGUCGAAUACCGGCCGAAGAAUGAUGGAGCGAAAUGGUGCAUGUGCAGAGGCAUGGCAUUUCCGGGGGUAUUAAGUACCUAGCCCAAUCUUCCGGUCAGUGCCGAUGACGGAAGCUUGACAUUUAAGAAUGUGGGGCCUGAGCCUCAUAGCGCAUGUGGUGGGACCUGUCUGAGUAAGAAAGUGGACGGUAAGCCAGAUCCAACAUGAUGGUUUACUCAC